AUGGGUCAACAAGAAAGUAAAUCAUCUUUGGAUUCGGAAUCAACCAUCCAUAAUGAUUCUGAACCUCUCCAAUUAAAAAACACUAGUCAUCAUCAUCAUGGAAGGUCAACGACUUCAAGAAACUUCUUCUCGAGUCUUCCUGAAAGUUCGAGUUCUUCCGAUAUGGACACCAUCACGACAUCUAUGGGAGGAGGAACACCAGAGAUUAAUGAUCAAAUUGUGGUUGCAAAUUUUGCCUUGUUAGGAACAGGUGGAUCAGGAAAAUCAACCUUGUUUAAAACAUUGUCACUCCCGUUUCCGAAUCAUAAAAAAACGGUAAAUCCACUCACCAUGUAUUUGGAACAGGUGAUUCACUCGUUUGGUGCUUUGUAUGAUUUGAAAGAUGUUCUCUUGCCAAAUGUCAAAUAUUUCCAAAAAGAAAAUGAGAUUUUUAUGAGCUACUUUAAAGAUUAUGAACCACAAUUGUUGAGUGGUGGUGUUAACGAAUUGAGAAAUGUGUGGAUGAAUUUUCGUGUGGCGGACGGUUUGGAAUUUUCCAAAAAAAUUGUGAAAUUAUGGAACGAGGAACCAAUUUUACAAAUUUGUUAUUAUUUUACAAACUUUCCUUACAAAUAUAUCCCUCCAUCUCAGGCUCCACCUUUUAAAUACUCUAGAAAUUUGCAAAUUUGUAAUUUAUCUCUUUAUAUCAACUCUCUGGGAACGCUAAUCCAUAACUAUGUGAAUAAUGUGAAUUGUGACAUGACCGAUUUAAUUUUGACAGCAUAUAUGAAGACCACAGGUAUUACUGAAAUUAAGGUCGAUCUUAAUGAUGGAAUGUAUCGUGAAGCUAUUGUUGUGUACGACACAGGAGGUCAACGAAAUGAAAGAAGAAAAUGGAAACACAUCCUAGACGACUCUCCACAGAACAACAUUUCAGGAAUUAUUUAUUUGGUGUCAUUGGCAGAAUUCACAGAAGUAUGCUACGAAGAUCAAAUUACAAAUCGAACGUUGGAGUCUUUAAAUUUAUUUUCACAAUAUGUGAAUGAAGAGAAAUUACGAUCCAUUCCAUUCUACUUAAUUUUCACAAAGAGGAAAUUAUUUGAUUUUAAAUUGAGAAUGUUUGACUUGUCAAGCGUUCCAUUCGAAAAUAGAGAAUCUUUGGAAACUUUAAAAUUGUAUUCCGUUUUGAAUAGAGAGUACAGAGAAGAAUUAUUUAAUACUAUUUUGAAAAUUAGUCCUAGGGAUUUGGAAUUGUUGACACUGACAGAAAUUGAAUUGUUGGAAAAGUUAUGUUCGAAUCCAAAUUACUCACCAUCUCAAUUGAUUGAAAUGUUGAGAACUGAUAGCGUGCCAGAUGCAAAUACCAAUCCUGAACGUGAAGAGCAACAACAGGAAUAUGUAGCAAGAAAUAUUCAAUUUCUAACUCAACAGUUUUUUAACACGAUACAAAGUUCAGAAAGGUUCCAUCAAGUAGUGAGAGAUCACAAAAUUCUUGACUUGUCCGAUAUUGAGAAAACGAAAAAGACUGUGCAUGAAAUAUUUAACAACUUUUCUCCAGCCAACAAGAUGUAA